AGGUGUUUCCCCCCCCCUCGUACCCCAAAAACGGAAAAGUUUUCAAUACAUACAACCCAAACCGGAUCGACAUCAAACACGGUCUUGUUUCAGAAGCCAUCAACCGUUGAUAUGAUUUUUCUUUUGAAAUAAACCUAGGGAAUACAGCGCACGUCAGUCACUACAAGAGGCCAGCAGAGCAGGUUCUUCUGGGCUGCGAGGGUACCAAGAAAAAACCACAAAGAUGCGUGUCAACAACAUUGUUUUAUUCGCCGCGGGUUUACUGCGGGUUUCCCUUGCUCCGGGAUUUCUGUCCUUCGCGUCCGCCACCACCCAUGCGCGCGCGCACGAGGGAGAGAUCAACUGGGGUGCGACCUACAACACGCCGGAAAACGCAUACUUUUUGUGGCUCGAGACCGCGACGACGAAUCCUUUCCUGGUGGUCACUUCCACAGCCACCGCCGACAUCGCCGAAACCGUGAUCGUAUGAACUGCAAACGUAUCGUACUUUUAGUAAAAAUUGCAUUACAAAUUAGCUCAGCACUUUUACAAAUUAAGUUUGUAAUGCGGAUUUACCUUUAAGAAAAGAUUCGUAAUGCAUAAACGCAAUUAGUACUACGAGUGCGAUCCUUUUGCAGUGCAUAGAUGGACAACGAUCACCACGCCGUACAGGACAACGCUCGCGAGCUGCUGCACGAGGCGGAGGACGGGGAUGGGUGUGUGAAAAACGUCACCUCCCUGCUCACCGCGCACGACACCACCCCGGCCACCGGCGCAGUUCCCGCGUCGGAAUUGACGUUCGCGCCGAACUCCACCUGCGCCUACCGGUUACUCGCGUCCGGGGCAAGCACGACGCUGCCCAUGAAGUUGUUCAAGCUGGACCUGACCGGCGCGAACCACAUUUUGCUGUUUUCGAACUCGUCCAGUAUCUUCACGCACCUGCAGCUGCUAGACGAAGAAGGCCACGUGAUCAAGGCUGCUAUCAAAUGCAAAUAUGUCUGGGUCUGGAAGAUGUCAUGCUGUUUUUGCAUGACACAGCAGGUCUGGCAUGGAAGCGCCAGCAUCACAGGUUUCGAGAAGGUUUCGCAAUGCCUAAUCCGCAUGACAAAUCCCCCCUUUGGUGACAGGAAGUAGGCGUCUUUUUCUGCCUAUGCAUGAGAAAUUUGUGUGUGUUGUGAAAUGCGCAUCACAACUUCACAUGCUUCCAGAUCCAGACAUUUUUGCAAUGCAUAGCUGCGCACAAACUGCACGAAGCGCACGCCGCCCCGGCUGCCGCGGCGCACGACGACCACGACCACAAGCCGUGGGGGGAGGUGCUGCUGGCCUGCUUGUAUCAGAUGCAAAUAUGUCUGGGUCUGGAAAGGUUGAACUUGUAUUGCGUGUCCAGGACUCCAGAAAAAUGUGUAUUGCAUAAAAGCAACAAAAGCGCCACAGUUUCGUCAUGAAAAAGCGCAGUUUGUAAUGUGCACUGAGAAUGAGAAAGCAUUUUUACAAAUUUGUCAUGCAGUACUGCACUCAAAGGCGUUCUCACUCAUGACCUAUCAGCAUUACAGAUUUCCAGACCCAGACAUUUUUGCAUUUGAUAGCUUGACGGUGAACCUGAUUGCCUUCACGGGCGUCUUAGUGGUCGCCGCCACCAUGGUCUGCAAAAAGGGAGAAGAGAACAUGACCGACUUUGCCAAGGCGCACGCGGAAAAAACCCGCCAGGUGCAUAUAAUAUGCUGCAUUUGAGUGGUCCAAAGUUACUUUCAGGAAGAUUGUUUUGAAAAAUCUUUUUUCUACUAGAAAAAUCUUUUUUCCACUACUGCUCUUGGAUUAUUACUUCCGUGUGUUGACUUAAAAUCAGGCUUCGUGGAUUGCGGGCUCUUCGGCCUUCGCUGCGUAUCAAAGGAAAAAGUGUGUAUAGUGUAACUUCUUUGCAGGAACUGCAUCACAGAUUUGGUGUGCAUGACAGAGCAAACCUGUCAUGCGUAGCCAGUACGCGGAAACACGUAUGAAAAUUGCCUCUGAAGAUGCACAUCCGGCAUGACAAGUGUAACUGUAUUGCAACGUCUGCAACACAAAGUUACACUUACACAGUUUUUUUCUUGCAUACUGCGGGUGCGUUGCUCGCGGCCGCGGCGUAUUUCAUGUGGUUCGAGGCCACGCACCUGAUCACCGAUGGCAUGACCGACGCGGAAGAAAGUACCAUCGUGUUCCUGUAUGGUAGAGAAGAAAGAACAAGUUCUUCUGCUGCGUCAACUUGGUGAAUUUGAUGUACAUAUUAGCGAUGUGCAUCUACUCCCGAGAAUGUUGGCUCAUCUCGACACUCUAAGUGCCACUACACAUGAUCAACAUCAAGUUAAAAUAUGCACUUGUCGAACGAUAGCAGUACUUGGAAUUCUGCUUGUACGCAGCUCAGAAUCUUUCUUCCCUCGCAUACCGUUUGGGGAACCGCGAUUCUGUUCGGUUUCCUCGUGCCGCCCGCGAUCAGCGUUUUGUUUCAGUUCAUCCUGUAUGCAUUGCAAAACCAUCGUACUAGUAUGAAUUUCAUUACAAAUUUGCUCCUCAGCAUGAAAAAUUACAUUUGUCAUGCAGUUCUACCUUGGAAUGGAAAUGAGAUUUGUCAUGCCUACACUGCAAUUACAACGAGUACGAUGCUUUUGCACUGGAUAUCCUGCCGCAGAAAGACGAGGGUGACUCGGUGGUCGGAACCCCCACGAACAAGGUCGCUACUGCGGGGGAGCUGGAGGGGGUUGCCGACGGUGCGGUGGCCGCGAAGAAGACCGACGUUGUCAUCGAAGAGAACAUAUCCCCUGCAAAUAUGUCUGGGUCUGGAAGAUUGCUAGACUCGUCAUGCUAGUCCGGCAUGACUCGAAACUCUGUGAUGCAAAUGGGCAUCAAGAAGGGUCCUCUUGCUUGUCAUGCAAGAACGCAGCGCGUCAUGCAUGCGGAAUACGCAACAUAGUUGUAGGAUGCGAAAAAAAUUGUCAUGCGAGGCUGCGUAUGGCAGGGCGCCUAUAGUUGACUUCUAGCAUUGCAACCUUCCAGACCCAGGCAUGUUUGAAGUGCAUAGCACAUCAAGGACGAGCCGCUGCUGAAGAAGCUCUCCUCGACUUUGCUCGUGUCCGUGUUGUUGGGUGAUUUUUUCCACAACUUUGCGGACGGCGUGUUCAUCGGUGCUGCCUUUCUCACCUGCAGCCACAGCCGUGGCUGGAUCGUCGCGCUCGGGGCGGUGUUGCACGAGAUUGCGCAGGAAAUUGCGGACUACCUGAUGCUAUGAACUGCAAAAGUAUCGUACUAGUAGAAAUCGCGUGACAAAUUCACUCAGCAUGAGAAAUGGAGUUUGUCAUGCUGUUUUGCCUUGGGAUCGAGAUUUGUAAUGCAUGACGGCGAUUACUAGGAGUACGAUACUUUUGCACAGGAUAGAUGCUGACCGGCCCGGGCAAGCUGACGCCGGUCCAGGCGCUGGGGCUGAACUUCACCUCCGGUUUGAGUGUGAUGCUGGGCGGCCUGCUAUCCUGUGGAAAAACGUCCCUACCCCAGAGUCGUCAAGAUGGCAAUUCUCCAGCACAGAUCCAGAGGAUUUGGGAGUCACGCAUGACAAGUUUUUUCCUGUACUGUAAUGCGGGUUAGCAAGGGAAGCCGCAUCACAAAGCCAUCCUGGCAUCCUGUUUCGAGCAUCACAAAUUCCAUUACUUACAUGAUUAGAAAUGGUGCCUCUCAUGGGGAUGCGCAUUACAAGUUUUCCUGUCGUUGCAAAUCUGUAUGACAGCCUUGCGGUUGGGGCGCUUUUACUUUGGAUACCUGCUGGCCCUCGCGAGUGACUACGACGAGCUGACCGUGGGACUCAUCGUCGCUUUCGGCGGUGGCACCUAUCAAAUGUAAAAAUGUCUGGGCCUGGGAACUUGUGAUGCUGGGUAGCCUCUCAUGAUGAGGCUACAAAUGCUGGCUCAGCAUGACAAGUUUCUGAGCUCCUAGGUGUUGCCUAUUCUGCAUGACAAACUGCGCUUGUGCAUCACAGAAAAACGCAGAUCUUGGGUAACGUGCAUGACAGAGUUAGGAGUCAUGCCAGACAAGCAUGACAAACAUGAAUUCUUCCAGACCCAGACACUUUUACAGUUGAUAGCACCUACGCCUAUUUGGCCUGCGUGGAGUGCAUGGGCCGCGCCAUGCCCCCGGCUGGUUCGGUGGACAGCGGGAAGAAGCAACACGUCAGCGCAAAGCAGCAGCUGGCCGGCUUGGGGCUGUUCGUCCUGGGGGCCGUUUGCAUCGGCUUGGCGCUGUUUGAGCACGAGCACUGCGGUGCCCACGACCACGGUGCGGAAGCCGGGGCGGCUGGCGGAGCGCACGCCGGCCACGGCCACUAG